AUAUUUACUUAGAAGAAUUAGUCAACGUUGACAUGUCCGAAUACUAAUUUAUAAAGGCGACGAACAAGAAACAGUCUUCAAAAUAAUCUUAGUGAGUGAAGUGCUGGAGUGAACAUGAAUCUCGUGGGUUAUUUGGUGACGCUGGCCAAUCUGCAGGGUUUCGACCGUUCAGGUGGAGCCAUACAGGAUCUUUCUAUAAAAGUCGGCGAAAUACACUCCCUUCUAUACGAUUUAAGGAAAUAUCCGCAGUUUCCACUGAACAGUUUCAAAGACACCGGCUACUACAGAAAUGGUAAUACAGGAAUUUAUCUGUCCAAGAAUAUGAGAGAUUACAUGUACCACGGAAUCGGGAAACCCUCUGAUGAAGCUAUUCUUCUAACCCUGAUUUUCAAUGAUUCAAAAACGGGUGGAUCUGCAACUGUGGUCAAUGAUCCAACUCUUUCCUAUUUCCUCCAUAAGGGUGAAGUGGACGAUGAUAUACGGAACAAAAUUGACCAAUACGUGGAUAACUUGAAGAAUGGAAAACAAGGAAAAGGUGUUUCAAAUUCAGCGGUAUAAUUUAUUAAACGUUUCAGAUUUACGGAUUCAGAUAUGAUGUGGUACAAAUUUAAAUAUAUUAGAUUUAAGCAAAGCACUUAUA